AUGGAUCAUCAUUGUCCUUGGACUUAUAAUUGUGUGGGUUAUGGGAAUAUGCCCCAGUUCCUUCAGUUUCUCUUUUGGGUCAUCAUAGCAACUGGGAAUGUUUUGUAUCUAUUGACUUUAAGAUUAGCUGAUUUCUAUAAAGAUAAAGACUUACCCGUGUAUUUAAUCAAUAAGAGUGAAUUGGUUGUUUGUAUAGCUCUUUGGCCCUUGGAUUUCUUUGUCUUGGUAUCAAUUGGCAUACUCUACAUUCGAUGUGUUGUCAAUAUGGCUUUCCGAGGUAUGUCUCAGAUUGAAGUAUGGGAUAGAGAAAGAAUGGAAGGUCAACUACAUACUUCCCGAAUGUGGAAGAUCAUUCGUAACAAUUAUCAACAAUUCUACGGUAAAGAAAUGCCUGAAUUAGUAUCUUGGAGUCGAAGCAGUGCAUAUAAUGAUGAUCACGGUGAUGAGCACGGUGAUGAAGACCUUGAUCUUGAUCUUGAUAAUCUUCAAGAUAACUCCGAAUCAUAUCCACUCCGUCGAAGAAGUCCUGAUCAACGUCGUAAUGAUGAUCGUAAGCAUGAUGAUGACGAACCCGUUCCAGAUAUCACCAUUGAUGACAUCAUCUUUCCUUAUGAUAUGGGUAUGUGGCAGAAUAUUAUAAAUACGUGUGGAUAUCCAUGGUCUUGGUUACUCCCUUGGGGGAAGGGAUUGGGAAACGGAUAUGAAUUCCCUGUCAACGAUGAUGACGAUCAAAUACGGUUACCCUGGCCUCCAGAUGGAGGUCAUCAGAAUGCAAUAGUCCAAGGAAGAUUAUAUGAUGAUGAACAACUCCGACAAAUGAAUAUUGGGGCCAUUAGAAAGCAUUUGGAUCCAAGAGCUAAUAUGAAACGGAGUCAAUGGAGAAAUGACUUGGGUGAAACUUUGGAUGACUAUGGUGUAGACAUUGAAGAUGACGAAGAAGAAGAUGUAAAAAUAGAGAAUAUUCAGUGA